AAACAGAAGGCAGCGGAAGUGUGCCAACUGUCGUGAAAGCACAUCGACGCAGAAAGCCGCGAGCAGGACUAAUAAGUCAGUCUUAUUAUUUGUUCUCCAGUUUGAAAUAUUUACGUCGUAUAAAAUACAUCUUUGAAUCUUUAUUUAAGGAUAAAGUGGUCUCGAUGCGCUAGAAGCACUGUGCCGCUUCUCGUGCUAUCUUUGCUUGUUAGUUAGCUUAGCUCGCUAGUUAGCUUAGCUUGUUAGCUGCUAACAGAAGACACAGAAGUUAUCAACACAUCGCUAAGUAGAGAUCAAGUGUGGGAGUAAAGUGUUGUGAUUGUGUGAAAAUGUGUGAAAGAAUGAUAGCAAAGUAUGAGGAGGAACUUUGUCCAACCAAAGAGGAGAAGGAGCGACAACAUCAACUACUGGAUGUUUAUUAUAAGAAACAUCAUCAAGUUGUGUUACACAGAACAGACGUUGAUGAAGAACAUCUUCCUCGUGAGCAGGAGGAGGAACCACAGUCCCCCAACAUACAUGAGGACAAAGAGGUACCACAUUCCCAACACAUCAGAGAGGGAGGAGAGGAGCCACAACCCCCCCAAAUUAAAGAGGAAGACGAGGCGCCACAGACCCAUAAUGUUAAACUGACCUUUCACAUUAAAGGUCAAGCGGAGGACCCAUUGAUCUUACACAUCAAAAAGGAAGAGGAGGACCCACUGACCCCUCACUUUAAGGCGCAAGAGAACCUGCUGACCCCUCACAUUAAAAAUGAAGAGGAGGACCCACUGACCCCCUACUUAAAAGAGGAAAAGGAGGACCGAGAGCCGCCACACAUUAAAGAGGAAGAGGAGGAAGAGGGCAUCAGUCAGCCUAAAUGGUUGGAGGAGUUCCCAGUGACUGGUGUCCCUGUGAAGAGUGAAGAUGAUGAGGUGAAAGGUGAAAGUGAGGAGAGGGGAGGGGGGGAGCCUCCAAGCAGCAGCUCAACACAACACAUGACAACAGAAGCUGAUGGAGACCACUGUGGAGGAUCACAAGCAGACAAGCUCUUAGCUCCACUAUCAGAUAGUGAGGACACAACGUCACACUCUCCUGACACUGAUGAUGAAGACUCUAAAGAUGAUGCAACAUGUCACACUGACAACACUCACUUCACAUGUUCUCACUGUCACAAAACUUUUAAAUACCAAAGUCGUCUGAAAAGACACAUGAGAACUCACACUGGAGAAAAACCUUUUUCUUGUUCACUAUGUGGUAAAGGUUUUGGACUUAGUCAGAAUUUGAAAGUCCACAUGAGAAGACACACUGGUGAAAAACCUUUUUCUUGCUCAGUAUGUAGUAAAGGUUUUGUUCUAAGUGAACAUUUGAAAUCACACACAAGAACACACACGGGUGAAAAACCUUUUGUCUGUUUAAUCUGUGGUAAAGGUUUUGCACACAGUAAUACUUUGAAAAGACACAUGAGAACACACACUGGUGAAAAAUCUGUUUCCUGUUCAAUCUGUGGUAAAUGUUUUACACAAAGUCAAUAUUUAAAAGUACACAUGAGAAGACACACUGGAGAAACUGCUUUUUCCUGUUCAAUCUGUGGUAAAGGUUUUACACAAAGUCAAGAUUUGAAAGUACACAUGAGAACACACACUGGAGAAAAACCUUUUUCCUGUUCAACCUGUGGUAAAGGUUUUACACAAAGUCAGGAUUUAAAAAAACACAUGAGAACACACACUGGAGAAAAACCUUUUUCUUGUUCAACCUGUGGUAAAGGUUUUACACAAAGUCAGAAUUUGAAAAGACACAUGAGAGUGUUCUCAACCGCGGAACAAUUGUUUGCCAAACACGUGUUUCACUGGGACAAUAGUGAGUGGUGCACACUUCCUUCAAACACGUGUUUCACUGGGACAAUAGUGAGUGGUGCACAUUUCCUUCGCCCGGCCACAGAAGAAAAAAGAAAGAGUUGCUGGUGUAACAAUAGGAAGAAUAUAUUCCACUCCUCUCUUCUACACGCGGCUUAUGAGAUGAACGCUCGUCAAGAAGAACGUCCCCUUCAGCAGCAGGAGGAUCCACAGCCCCCCCACAUUAAAGAGGAAGAGGAGGAAGUGUGGAUCAGUCAGGAGGGAGAGUGUCCUGUAGGGCAGGAGGAGGCUGAUGUCAGCAAGUUUCCACUGACUGUUGUCUCUGUGAAGACUGAAGAGCAUGAAGACAAACCACCUGAGUCCUCACAGCUUCAUCACAGUCCAAACGUCGAAGAAGAACCUCUACCUAAUGAACAGGAGGAGGAACCACAGUCCUCCAACAUACAUGAGGAAGAAGAGGUACCACAUCCCAAACAAAUUAAAGAGGGAAUAGAGGAGCCACAGCCCCCCCACAUUAAAGAGGAAGACGGGAUGCCACAGACCCAUCGUGUUAAACUGACCUUUCACAUUAAAGGGCAAGCGGAGGACUCACUGAUCUUACACAUCAAAAAGGAAGAGGAGGACCCACUGACCCCUCACUUUAAGGCGCAAGAGAACCUGCUGACCCCUCACAUUAAAAAGGAAGAGGAGGACCCACCGACCCCCUACUUUAAAGAGGAAAAGGAGGACCGAGGGCCGCCACACAUUAAAGAGGAAGAGGAGGAAGAGGGCAUCAGUCAGCCUAAAUGGUUGGAGGAGUUCCCAGUGACUGGUGUCCCUGUGAAGAGUGAAGAUGAUGAGGUGAAAGGUGAAAGUGAGGAGAGGGGAGGGGGGGAGCCUCCAAGCAGCAGCUCAACACAACACAUGACAACAGAAGCUGAUGGAGACCACUGUGGAGGAUCACAAGCAGACAAGCUCUUAGCUCCACUAUCAGAUAGUGAGGACACAACGUCACACUCUCCUGACACUGAUGAUGAAGACUCUAAAGAUGAUACGACAUGUCACACUGACAACACUCACUUCACAUGUUCUCACUGUCACAAAACUUUUAAAUACCAUAGUCUUCUGAAAACCCACAUGAGAAGACACACUGGAGAAAAACCCUUUUCUUGUUCACUCUGUAGUAAAGGUUUUACACAAAGUCAGAAUUUGAAAGUCCACAUGAGAACACACACUGGUGAAAAAACAUUUUCUUGUUCAAUCUGUGGUAAAAGUUUUGCACAAAGUCAGGAUUUGAAAAAACACAUGAGAACACACACUGGAGAAAAGCCUUUUUCUUGUUCAAUUUGUGGUAAAGGUUUUGCACAAAGUCAGGAUUUGAAAGUACACUUGAGAACACACACUGGUGAAAAACCUUUUUCCUGUGUAGUCUGUGGUAAAGGUUUUACACAAAGUCAUAAUUUGAAUGUACACAAGAGAACACACACCGGUGAAAAACCUUUUUCUUGUUCAAGCUGUGGUAAAGGUUUUACAGACAGUCUAACUUUGAAAAGACACAAGAGAAUACACACUGGUGAAAAACCUUUUUCCUGUUUAAUCUGCAACAGAAGCUUUGGGGAACGAUCAAAGCUUGAAAGACACAUGAGAACACACCCAGGAGAGAAAGUGUUGAGUUGCAGUGUGUGUGGUGAAAGAUUGUCUUCUAAGUACCAGUGUAAGAAACACAAGUGUGCUGGUGAGAACAGCAGCAGCAAAUGAAACUGCAGGAUUUGAAAUAAACUGUCCAGACUUUCAUUUUGACUUUCUAACAACAUCAGCACAUAUAACAUGUGUGACAUUGUUGUGUAACAACCUUUUUAAUAUGCUUCUACAUUUAUUGCUGAGAUAUUUUAUUACAGGGCUUUUUUCAGUCAAAUACAUGCAUUAAUAUGCAACAUUGUGUACUUUUAUUAAAAAAAUUAACGGAACAGUUUGACUGAAAAGGUGAGAGUAAACAGUACAAUACAUUUUUUUACACACAAUAAACAUUGUAUGUGUGUAUAUAUUCAUAAUACAAUUUUAGACUUAUUCAUAAUACUGUUUUUAUACGUGUUUGGAAUAUUGAAGUGUUACAUAAUGUUAUUUCCAAUUGUUAAUAAUCCCAUAGAUUAUCACCUUUAUAUGAUAUACAUAUGUACUGGUUCACAUCUGAAACAUCUUCUGGACCACUUCAGGAAGCAUAUUAUUAUUUACUUUAUACAUCAUUUGAACAGUUGUCUUUUAUACAGUUUUGAAAUGUGACUUUAUGAAUCAUUUGUUGCGUCUCUAUUCAUCCAUUUUAUUAAUUAUAUUACUUUUUUGUAAUAUGAUGAUUGUGUUGUGAUUGUUUUAUAUGUAUGUCCCCAGACCUUUAUGCAAUAUAAAAGUGACAGAGAAUGACUGAAUUGUUUGUGUGAAGGAAAUAUGGUUUUGUUUUUACAAACUUACAUUUGUGGAUUAAAAAAAAACUCCCUUUA